AGAAUAUAUGUAAUUAACAUGUAUCUCAGCACGUAAAUAUUGUACUCUUUUGAUUAUUUAAUUACCAAUACUGACCAAAGACGACCUCAACUGCUUCACCAUUAUUCCAAUGAUCUGUCAUCUCUUGUCUUCACAUGUUUCUAAUAACCUUCUUCUCUUCUUUCUCCAUCCUUCAAAAUCCUACUAAUAUUCCAUUUCUCUUUCUUGGCUUAACCUAUCAUGACUGUUAAGAAAGUUGACAUCAAGGUGGAUAUAAACUGUGGGAAAUGCAAUAGCGCAAUUUUGGAAGCAGUCACGGAGAUAGAAGGUGUGAAUCAUAUCUCACUAGAUGAGGAGAAGAGCGUACUUACCGUGGUAGGGACAAUGGAUCCGGUCUGCGUAGCCUCACGUCUUAGGAAGAUCAAACAGAAACCUGUAAUCAUCAGCGUUGGACCACCACCUAAACCUCCUGAACCGCCAAAACCUCCUGAGCCACCAAAGCCACCAGCAGCGCCUGAGCCACCAAAGCCUCCUCCAGCACCUGAACCACCAAAGCCUGUAUGCAAAUGCAAGCCUAUGUCUCCUUACCCAGCUCCUUACCCACCUCCUUACUGCGCCAGAUGCGAUCUUGUGUCUGUUACUACCUAUGAAAGUGGAAGCGGCUGCACUAUUGUUUGAGUCAUGUAUUUCUUGCAUUAGUCACCGCUACUUUUACCAUAUUAUAUAGUCUUCAUGUCAAAUCCUGCAACCUACAUGUUAGCCAGGAUUACUUUCUUAUAUUAGUAUGCUUUGUUUUAAUCAUAUAUGUAUCUUUGCUGUUGUUUCUCC